UCGCCCGAAUAAUAACCCGGUAGAGCUUGAAAUUGAAAAUCCUGAGUCCGAGUGAGUGAAGAGGAAGUGGCGCAAGAGAAAGAGAAAGAAGAGGAGAUGGAGGGAACAAGUACAGCAGUACCAUUCAAGAACCUCCAUAGUCGAGAGUAUCAAGGUCACAAGAAGAAGGUGCAUUCGGUGGCUUGGAAUUGCACCGGCACAAAGCUCGCUUCCGGUUCUGUCGAUCAAACCGCUCGACUUUGGCACAUUGAGCCACACGGCCAUGGUAAGGUUAAGGAUAUUGAAUUGAAGGGUCACACUGAUAGUGUAGAUCAGCUGUGUUGGGAUCCCAAACAUGGCGAUCUAAUUGCUACUGCAUCCGGUGACAAGACUGUUCGUUUGUGGGACGCUCGAAGUGGAAAAUGCUCAAUGCAGACAGAACUCAGUGGGGAGAACAUUAACAUCACUUACAAACCUGAUGGUACACACAUAGCUGUUGGUAAUAGGGUAUGUUCUACAGUCCUGUUUCAGGAUGAUGAAUUGACAAUACUGGAUGUUCGGAAAUUUAAACCAAUGCAUAAGCGCAAGUUCAGUUAUGAGGUAAAUGAGAUUGCGUGGAACAUGACAGGGGAGAUGUUCUUCUUGACAACUGGAAAUGGUACUGUUGAAGUACUAGCAUACCCAUCUCUGCGACCACUUGACACCCUCGUGGCUCAUACAGCUGGUUGCUAUUGUAUAGCAAUUGAUCCAAUGGGAAGAUAUUUUGCUGUUGGAAGUGCUGAUUCCCUAGUAAGCCUGUGGGAGAUAUCGGAGAUGCUCUGUGUGCGAACAUUUACAAAACUUGAAUGGCCUGUCCGCACAAUAAGCUUUAAUUACACUGGAGAUUAUAUUGCUUCUGCCAGUGAAGACUUGUUUAUUGAUAUAUCAAACGUUCAUACUGGACGAACAGUGCAUCAGAUACCAUGUCGGGCCGCUAUGAACAGUGUGGAAUGGAAUCCUAAGUACAAUUUACUCGCGUAUGCUGGGGAUGACAAGAACAAAUAUCAGGCUGAUGAAGGUGUUUUUAGAAUAUUUGGCUUUGAAAGCCCCUAACAUCUAGGGCAGAGAGUUAACUGAGAGAGAGUUGUAACCCAUAGAUGUUCUUCACCUUUCUCCAAGGGACAAGUUGUCAAAUGUAUUUUUUAAAUUAUCAUCAUUCAAUUUGUGUUCAGUGCUUUUUCAUGCAUAUUCCAAGUCAAAUGAGACGAAUCCAGUUGUAACCAUCGGCAAUGAGUAAAACUUUUUUUUUUUUUUUUUUUUAAUAGCCAAAAUCUGGCACACAAAAGCUAUAUGAAAACAAGCCCAAAUUUGUGUUCAGUGCUAUAUUUUUCAUGCCCAAGUCAAAUGAGACGAAUUCAGUUGUAAACCAUCUGCAAUUGAAUGAGUAAAACUAUUUUUUUAAUAGCCAAAAUCUGGCACACAAAAGCUAUAUGGAAAACAAGCCCAAAUAGGCAAUUCAAUGAAUAGAGAACUGUUAUAAAAAAUAAAAUAAAAAUUUAUUGAAUAGAGAACUAAAUUUCAUUGCAAAGGAAGAAGGGAGAAGCACACGGGCAGUGUGGUGUUGAAACUAAAAUUGAAAAUGCUACAAAAUCCUCAAACCCAGUUUCUUAAAAAAAAAAAAAAAAAAAAGAA